CUAGUUUUAAGCCAACUACUUGCGUAAAUUUAGAAAAGGUCAGUUCAAACCACAUAUUUUUGAUUACGAGAUCACUAACAAUUUUUAGUUUUUGAUCAAUUAAAAACGGAUUCAACCAUUGUUUGGAUAAAGUUAUUACAAGCUUGGUAAGGGAUACAAAGAUGGGAUCAAGUGUAAGCGUUGGCCCUAAGGACAGAAGCCGGGUUCGUUCAGUUACCACAAAUGCACCCUCACAGAAAGGACGACUUGGCACAAAUCUCGGUAAGCAGACACCGACAACACAAGUAACCGUUGUUCAAGCGGCUCCUGAUCAACAACAGCAACAACAAUACUACCAGCCUCCUCCCCAACAGGUACACCAUCAGCCACAACAGUAUCAUCAGUCGCAGCAUUAUCAGCAGCAAUAUCAGCAACCAGUUCAGCAUUAUCAACAACCUCAAUAUCAACAACAGAAUGGUUAUUAUCAACAACAGCAGCCGCCAGAUUACAAUCAAUCUCAAGCCGAGUAUCAACACCAACAAUACCAGCAACCACAACAAACCCAAUAUCAACAACAACAGCAAACACAGUAUCAACAGCAUCAACCACAUCAACAAGCACCUGAACCUCAACAACAAACAAAUACAGGUGACGUUCCCGGAACACCAAGCAGCUCCAAAGAGGCAAGUGACCGCAAAACGCCAAGCGAUUCCAAGGAGGCAGGUGACCCACAACGCAAAGUAACUCCAGAGGCAAGUGAUCGCACAACGCCAAGCGAUUCAAAAGAGGUAGGUGACUCCACAACACAAAAUGAACCCAAAGAGGCAGGCGACCCCGCAUUAACAAGCAACUCCAGAGAAAACUGAAACUCCUGAACAAGUACAAGAAACAUUCUAGUUCAGGAGAACAAGCAAUAUUCUGAAUGUUGGGUUAUCAAAGAAAACAAAAGAAGAUUUGCCUAAGGCUGUUAUGCAGAAUUGGUCAAGGCAGAUGAACGAUUAAUGAUGCAUAG